AUGGGAUGUUUUUGCUGCUGCUGCUGCUGCGCUGUCCGUGACAGUCACGAUUUAAAAUAUGCCACACCGGAUCGUGUACCGCCUGAUGGGGAACUCUUCCCAUGGUAUAUACAAAAUAGACAAGGACUUUGGCUUCAUUUUCGUGACUGGCCACCACCGCGGGAUGUACCGAAUGUACGCGGCGUACUUUUUAUUGUGAGUGGACUUGGUGAGCAUACCGCCCGUUACGGUGGUGUGGGCCGUUAUUUUUCCCGUGAAGGGUUCCAUGUGUUUUGUAUGGACAACCAAGGCGCUGGUGCAAGUGAGGGCGCAAGAUUGUACGUUUCGGACUUUGAUGAUUUUAUUGUUGACUUUUUUCUCUUCAAGAGGCAUGUAUUUUCCCUCUAUCCGGAAUAUGAAGCACUACCCCGGUUCCUGUUGGGCCAUUCCAUGGGUGGACUCAUAGCUACUCAUGUCUCCCUUCGUGAUCCUACCGGGUUUACGGGGUUUAUUUUCAGUGGACCGGCAUUAAAACCCCAUCCGAAGCUUGCUUCAUGUUUCAAGCAGUGUUGUGUGGGUUUAAUGUCAAGUUGUGUGCCUAAAUUUGGUGUAGGAAGCAUAGAUCCCAAAUCAGUGAGUACAAAUCGUCAAGUGGUAGAGUUGUUAGAACAAGAUCCCCUUAACUUUGAUGCUAAGUUAACGGCACGGUGGGGUAAAACAAUGCUUGACGCUAUGGAAUCUGUAUGGACGCAGGUAGAAAGGGCAACAUACCCGGUACUGAUUUUACAUGGCGCGAAGGAUGCUUUAUGUCCAAUUAGUGGUUCACGGAAGUUCCUUGAAUCCGUGCCAACUACGGACAAACAGUUGAUUGAAUACCCUGGUUUAGGUCAUGAAGUGUUGACGGAAGUGCGCUGGAGGGAAGUACUUGGUGACAUUUUAAAGUUUAUUAAUGCACACUGUAAAUAG